GUAUAUAUAAAAGCCCCGUCGUGCGUGGAGCGCUAACGAGGGAAGGGCUGGGCUGGAUUUUUCGGGAUGUGAGUUGUGAAUGUUUUGUCUGGGUGUUUAAAUUUCUGGAGUUGAUAAAUUAGACCAUGUCCCUGCUCCAGUUUGCAAGUUAAUGACACAUUAAGCACUUUCGCUGAAGGACUUGUGAAUUAUGGUGCGUCUUUCAGGGGCUUAUGCCGACAGCGUGCGUGCUGUGCCGCUCGAGCGCCGCCGUCCGCCGGCGGCUGUGCGGUCCCGACCGGCCGCGGCUGCCGGCGCCCGCCGGCCUCCACCAGCUGGCCGCCGAGGUGCGCCGACACCGGGACGGCCUGCGAGGCGCCGCCGACGGCCAGCGGCCGCUGGUCUGGCUGGUGAAGGCCGACGUCCAGACGAUGCCGCUGACCGUACACCAGGCUCGAAACGUGUUGCGGUUGGAUGCAUACCGGAACAUCUUGCACCUGUCAGGAGAUGUCGACCUGCUGCAUCUCUGGGCUUUUCCGAACUCUUCGGCGAAGACCGCAGAUUUGGAGUCAGAUGUAUGGGCAACGCUGUGCAGCCUUGGUGUGCAAAGACCACAUCAUGUCUGCGAUUCUAAGCAGCUUGACAUCAUCGAGCAAAGACUGCUGAAGGAGGGUUCCAUGGUUGUGGACUUUGCCGCCACAGAGGCCAGCGCCGGCAGCCCGUUGUCGGGGUCCGUCAAGGAUUUCCUACAGACGCAUCCAGCCGAAAUGCUGCGCCUAUCAACACUGCUUGAGUCAGAAGACGUCGUCGAGCAGCCAGAGGGAGCUGUGCGGUUUUACCGGACGUUCGUUUCGUUCGUGGACGACUAUGUGACACGUAACCUGAGUUCCGAGAGUGACAUUGGAUCAGCUGAGUGCGACCUGCACAUAUCUCAGACAUUACAAGACCAAGAAACCGAAUACUAUCGGCAUCUGUAUAAUUUCGAGACUCGGAAGGCGCUUGAUGUCCUGUGGGAGACCAUGACUCUGCUGAGGUCGUCCGUUGAAUCGGGCGCGGCCGGCGGAACCUCGGCGCUCGCCCUCCUGGCGGCCAAGCACCGUCUGCUGGGCCAUCUGGCGCGGCUCGGCGUGACCCUGGACGAUGCGCCAGCGCAGCCGGCGUCGGACGGCAGGAUGUCGGCCAUCGUCGACGCGGCAGCCGCGUUCCGCCACGAGGUCCGCCGGUUCGCCUUGGAGGACAAAGACAAGAGGGCGGAACUGAUGGGAGCGUGCGACGGUCUUCGAAACGCGCUGCUGGAGAUGGGUGUCAAGCUGCAGGAUAAGAAGAACCAGGCUCUCUGGCUAUGGACGACGCCAAAGAGAAAUAAGUGAAUCGGUUGGGCAUACGCCUUGUAUUGCCUUCUGGGCUUAUACACACGUAUAAAAUACAACUGUAAAAUG